AGGCAAAACUAUGUCCAAGUGGCAGCUCGAAACAACAACGCAUGGAAAAAAGACCAUGGCGACCAAACAAAACCUCCCAAUGGCGGCAAGAACCCCCGGAUCCUCCUCCACUCUCCGCCUCCCUUUCCCACUCCGAUCCAAUCACGUCACUCUCCAUCUCCUCCUCCGCCCGCCCCCGUCUUUCCGAGAUUCUCCCCCCUCCCUCCCUUCCAAUCGCCGCGAAAAGGGAAAGAAGGGCAAGGAACAUCGCCAAAAGGAUCGGUGGGGGGAGAAGAGAGGAAGAGAAAGGCGGCGCAAAGCGAAAGCGGAGGGAGGGAGGGAGGAGAAAGUUUUUCCCUGCGAGGGGCAGCAGCUCGGUGCGGCCCCGUCAGUUCAGUUGCAAGGCCGGCCUAUCCAUCGUUUCCAUGUCGCUCCCCGCCCCGAGAUGAGAUUUUGAUGCUGGAUUCCAGCUUCUGGAAGGCUUUUAACUGCCUUGGGCGUCUCGUCAAUUUGGUUCCUGUUAUAUCCUCUCGUGGGUUUUUUACUUUUUUUUCUCUCUCAAUUUCCAAUUGAAUUUUGCGUCCACCUCCGCACAGAGGCUUCUUCACUUCUGCCAUCUUGCUGCCUCUUCGACUUCGAUAUUGGAGUCCAACUCCAAUCUCGCGUGUUCUUCUGGUUUCUGGGUAGUUCGUCGCCAUUUUUGAAGGAAAUUGUUGUCCCCUGAAACGGAAUACCCUGUUCUCGAUUCCAUUUAUUUCUUCUUGGCGACUUUUGGCUCUGCAACUUGCCCAUUGACUACACAAAGAUAGAUUGUUCCUGGGGCAAAAUUCUGUCGCAAUGGACGACGGGGUGGACCUCCCGAGCCAAUUCCUCUUCUCCCACCCAGAGCCAGAGAUGCCAGGCGCCUUCGACGAUCUCCUCAGCAACAACGCAUCAACCAGCUCCUGCAGCCACACGCACACCUGCAACGCUCCCGGCCCAUCGGCCGCCAUGCACUCGCACACCUGCCAGCACACGCACACCAAGGUCUUCGCCACCGGCAGCGAAGACGACGAUGGCAACCCGGCCGCGAAGACCCGGCGGCCGCUGGGCAACCGGGAGGCCGUGCGCAAGUACCGGGAGAAGAAGAAGGCGCGCGCGGCUUUCCUGGAGGAGGAGGUCAGGAAGCUCCGUGCCGCCAACCAGCAGCUCCUGCGGCGGCUGCAGGGCCACGGCGCGCUGGAGGCGGAGGUGGUGAGGCUGAGGAGCCUCCUGCCCGACGUCCGGGCCAAGAUUGACGCUGAGGUCGCUGUACCUGUGGCUGUAACCCCCUUCCAGAAGAUGCCGUUGCAGUGCAGUGUUGGUUCUGUGGUGUGCAGUGAUCGUCCAGCCCUGUGCUUCAAUGGCAAUUCUGAGGCUGGGGCCUGGGAGGAGAGCUCUAGGCCAGCAGCUGCAGGUUGCAGGUUUGAGGAAGAUGGCAAUGGCGGCGUGGCGCGAGAAAUCGAUGUUUUGGAACAGGUGCAUUCCAUGGAUGUUGCUGACCUUUGCUUCCAUAGCUGAUUUUUUUUUUUUGGCAACAAAGCUUUCCUGGCUAGAUGAUUGUAUUUCAAGGUAGUAAUGUUUGGCAUUGUUUUAGAAUAUGUGCCAACUCUUUUUGGUUGUCUGAAAUCUGCUGCUUUUAGAUAUGGGCCAACUUCUUGGUUCUUACAUGAGCGUUCUUUUUCUUUUCUUUUGGUGAAAAAUACCCUCUCCUGUACUAAUUGAAGUGUGGCAAUGACCAACGAGUUUUUACUGUAUUUUACUGCAGAGACAAUUCAGUCUAAAGCUCCGUUCGAUGUUA